UUAAUCAAAUCGAUUCAAAAUUGAACAAUUCAAAAAUUUGUUUGGCCAUCUCUUUUCACUUUGAUCAUUUUAGCCAUUUAUUUGUUUCGAAUGAAAAAUCAAUUCAAUUGCUAGCUUUGAUCGAUUCUUUCAAACACACACAAAACAAAAUAACCAAAGAAUAAUAAUUUUUUGCAAAAAUGUAUGGAGGUGGUCAAACAACGGCUGGCCUACAUGGUGGCCAAGUAUCCGGUGGUAUGGUUGAUCCAUUAACUGGCGGUCCAGUUGUUGGACCACCGGUUGGCGGUGUAUCACAACAUGGUGGUUAUGGUGGUGUUGUUGGUCCAGGUGGUGGCAUGGCCGGUUCUGGUUCUCGUACACGUUCAUUAAGACGUUCAAUGGGUGAUGUUGCACCAUUUGGUGCUGGUGGUUCACCAUCAAAACCUGCCUAUGCAAUGAAUCAUUCAAUGUCACAGCCACCAUCUGCACGUGGAUCACCAAUCGGUUUUGGUUCACGAGGUUUGAUGUCACCCACAUCAAGACAUCGUAGUGGUAUUGGUAUGGGCGCUAGUGGACCAGGUGGUGUUGGUGGUGGUCGUCUUCCAUAUGGUGUAUCGAGAUCACAUAAUAAUUCUCCACUAACAUUACCUGCUGAGCAUUUACCACAAUCUUUAAGUACAUCAUCAGCAUAUGGUCACGGAUUUCCUGCCUAUUAUGAUGAUCCAGGAAGUCCAGGUAUGAUGGACGGUAUGAUGGGUGGUACUGGUGGUGGACGUGCAAUGCAUCGUGGUAUGGCCGGAAGUCGACGAGCACCAUUACGAAGUUAUCAUUCAAUUGAACGUGAACCUGGUUAUCGUGAUCGAUCAUUUGAUCGUAUGGCAGGUGUAGAUACUGUACGAUCAAUGCGUCAACGUGAUCGUUCAUUAGAUCGCGCCCUUUAUCCACGUGAUGAUCCAUCGGCACCAUAUGGACGUGACCCAUUAUUAUUAGAUGAUCCAAUGGGUUAUGGACGCGAUACACUUAUGAAUCCUUCAACCGGACGUGCCGGUGGUCUAAUGCAUAGUAUGGGUGGUGGUGUUGGACCGACCGGUGUUAUUGGUCAAUCCGGUAUGCCUUAUGGACCAGCCGGUACUGGUCUACCGCCUACAAGCGGACGUUUAUCAGCAACAAACGAUCAAUUUAUUAUGGAAUUACAAGCACGAUUAAAUGAUUUACAAAUCCAAUAUAAUCAUGUCAAAAGAGAGCUAGAAGCAACCACACAAAAAUUAGCAUCAUGUAUGCAUAGUAUUAAAACAUUUUGGAGUCCAGAAUUGAAAAAAGAACGUGCCCUACGUAAAGAGGAAGCUGCCAAAUAUGCCUUGAUCAAUGAUCAGCUUAAAAUAUUACGAUCAGAAAAUCAGAAACAAGCUGCAUUGAUACGACAAUUGGAAGAAGAAUUACGGAUAGCUAAUAUGCGUAAUCCGGAUCAUGAUGUACAACAACAUUUGGAUGCACUUUAUAUGGAAAAAGAACAUAUGUCCAAAGAAAUUUAUUUGCUUCGGGAAACCAACAAGGAAUUGGAAUUACGUAUCGAAACACAAAAGCAAACAUUAAAUGCACGUGAUGAAUCGAUAAAAAAAUUAAUGGAUAUGAUGCAGGCAAAAGGUUAUAGUUCGAAAAUAAUGGAAGAAGAACGUAUCGAAUAUGAACGAUUACGAACAAGAAAUAUUGAGCUUGAAACCAGAUUAAGACAUUUAGAAAAUGUAUUGGAAACCAAAGAAAAAGAAAUUCUAAAGAAUCAAGAAAUGAAAUUAGAAUUAUCCAAACGUGAUCAAGAAAUAUUGGCAUUAGGUGCCAAAAUGAAAACCUUGGAAGAACAACAUCAAGAUUAUCAACGACAUAUUGCCGUGUUAAAAGAAUCAUUGAUGGCUAAAGAAGAACAUUAUAGCAUGCUACAGGCUGAUGUGGAAGAAUUACGAUCACGAUUAGAAGAGAAAAAUAAAUUGAUCGAAAAGAAAACACAUCAAACAAUGAUGACAUCACAGGAUCGUAAACAGAUGAAUCAAGAGAUACAGGAAUUAAGAGAUCAUAUCGAAAUAAAAGAUCGCAAAAUUAAUGUCUUACAACGAAAGAUUGAAAAUCUUGAAGAAUUAUUAAAAGAAAAAGACAAUCAAAUUGAUAUUUGUCGCGCACGAUUAAAUGCAAUACAGGCACACCAUUCAACAUCGGAAGGUGCGUUAACAAGUUUAGAAGAUGCAAUCAGUGAUAAAGAUAAACAGAUUGCAAAUCUACGUGAACAACGUGAUCGUGCCGAACAAGAACGUAAUGAAGAGAGAGAUAUACAUGAACGACAAAUUGCUGAAUUCAAAAUGAAAUUUCAUUCCGUUGAAAACGAUUUGGAAAAAUUACAGAUUCGUUUGGAAAAAAGUUUAUCGGAAAAAGAUCGUGUUGAGGUUAAACUUGAAAAUUCCCAAUCUGAUUUAGGAAAAUGUAAAGCAGAAUUGGAUAAAUUACAAUCAGAAUCAUGGCGUAUGCAAACAGAAAUGGAUCGUUUUAAAAGUGAAAAUGCACGUUUAAUAUUGGAAAAUGAUCGAUGUCGCGAACAAUUGGAACGAUUAAAAGAGCAUGCAACAACUGGUCAAACUGGUGCUGGUCCUGGUACAGCCAGUACAGCAACCGGUACAACCGGUAAUUGGGAACGAGAAUCAUCCAGAUUUACUGAAACACGUGAAUGGGACCGGGAACGUGAAUUAGCAACCGGUUCAAAAACAAGUGGAUAUUUCAGUUCAGCAUCAUUAAAAUCGGCCGAAGAAAUUGAACGCUUGAAUGAAAAAUUGGAAAAAACACAACAAGAAUUACGGCGUGCACAGGCUGAAUUAAGAAUGAAUCAGGCGGAUCAAGAUCGUGCACGUGCUGAAGUUGAACAACAACAAGAAAAAUUAGAAAGAUCACAAGGUGAAAUAUAUCGAUUAAAAGCAAAGCUAGAGAAUGCAUUGACCGAACGAGAAAAUCUACAGGAAGAAUACGAACGUGUACAAUCAACAGUGACACGUGCCCAGAUCGAAAAAGAAUCGGCAUUAGCCGAUGUAGAGAAAUCCCGACAAGAAGUCGAAAGGUUACAUUCGCAAUUAGUGAAAGAACAAAUGAAAGCCGAAAAAGCACAGAUUGCACUAGAUAAAGUGCAAGUUGAUUUUGAUCAUUUACAUGAAAAAUUUGAAAAAAUUCAAGCCGAAUUACGUAAAGUACAACCAGAAAAGGAAAGAUAUCAGGCUGAAAUUGAACAAUUACAACAGCAGUUGCAACAACAACGUGAACAAAUGCAACGAUUCCAAUUGGAACGUGAACAAGCAAUGAUUGAAGUGGAUAAAUCUAAAGAACGAUUCGAACGACAACAACAACAGAUGCGCAAUUAUCAAAAAGAAAAGGAAAUGUUACAACAAGAAUUGGAACGUAUGAAAGAACGGCUCGAACAACAACGACAACAAAUGGCUAAAAUACACAAAGAAAAAGAAAAUUAUCAAGCUGAUGUUGAAGUAUUACGUGAACGAUAUGAAAAAGCACAGAAAAUGAUUGAUAAAAAUAAACACGAAUAUGAACAACGUGAUUUAGAAGUGAGAACAAUACGGGAAAAAAUGGAAAAAAUGUCAUUACAGAUGCAAAAACUGCAAGAAGAUCGUGAAAUUGUACGUGUUGAGAAUGAAGUAUUAUUGGAAAAAAUUGAUCGAACACAGGCAGAAUUCGUUAAAAUGCAAGCAAAAAUGGAUCAAAAUCAAACUGAAAUGGAACGAUUACAGAUUGAAUUGGAAAAAGCACAAACUAUUGCAACCAAAGCAAAAGAAGAUCAAAAACGUGCACAAGAAGAAUUUGAAGGUCUACAGGAUAUUUAUGCGCGCACUAAUUCCAAAUUAAUAAAAUGCAAAGAUUCGGAAGAAAAAUUACGCACCGAAUUAGAGAAAGCAUUAAUGGAUUGUGAAGUAUUAAGAGAACGAUAUGAAAAAUCACAAAGUGAUAUUAGACGAUUACAAAUGGAAAAGGAUAAAUAUCAAACCGAUUGUGAUCGCAUGGCACAUGAAUUAGAACGUAUUCAUAAUCAACGAGCAUCAUCAAUGUCGACACAUGAAAAAACUCAGGAAGAAAUACAACGUUUACAUAUCGAAUUGGAAAAAAUGUAUGAAAAAUCGGAAAAAUCUAUUGCCGAACUACGUAAAGUACAAACAGAAAAAGAAAGAGUUAUUAUGGAAAAAGAAACAUUGCAAGCAGAAUUAGAACGUGUUCAAUCACAGGCAAUCAAAUAUCAAAAUACAUCCGACAAAACACAUUUAGAAUUGGAACGUGCACGUAUUGAAUUGGAAAAAUAUAAAGAUCGUUUCGAAAAGAUUAAAAUCGAUUUUGAUCGUUGUUCUGCGGAUAAGGAACGUUUCUUUAAAGAAUCACAACGAUUGCAAGCAGAUGUGGAACGUUAUCGUAUGGAACGAAUGUCAACACAGCAAUUAGAAGCACAGGCACAGGAAAUUAAAGCAUUAUAUGGGGAAUUGGAAAAAACACGGGAACGUUAUGAAAAUGCACGUACAGAAUUACAACGAUUGCAGGAAUUACGACAACAACAAGAAUUAGAUGUUGAAGCACUUAAACGUGAAUUGGAUGCAUCAAGAAUGCGUCUAGAGCGUAAUAAAACAUCGGAAGAAAAACAAAAAGCUGAAAUUGAAAAAGCGAUGAUUGAAUUCGAAAAGAUUCGUGAUAAAAUGGAACGUAAUCAAAUUGAAUUACAAAAAAUAACAAAAGAACGUGAUCAAUUAGUGGUGGAACUAAAACAGAUGCAGAUACGAUUACAGAAGCAGGAAUCGAUUUCAGUUUCCAAACAACAACAACAACAACAAAGUCCACCAAUCGUUGAACAAAAAACAACAGCAACACCAUUACAAGCGGAAAAACAGAAAACAUCACAACAACAGCAACAAGAACUACAACAACAACGUGAAGAAUUACAGAUUAAAUUCCAAGGUGAAAUUGGAAAACUUAAACAACAUUUAACUAAAGCUGAAACAGAAUUACAAAAAACACAUGGUGAAAAUCAACGAUUACAAAUGGAAAUUGAAAGCCUUAAACAGGAUACAGGUGAAUUACAUACAUUCAUUGAAAAAUUACAACAAGCCUUAGCUGAUAAGGAAAAAUCAUUGCAACAAAUUCAGCAACAACAACAAGGACAACAACCACAAUCACAACAACAAAUACAACAACAACAAAAAAUAAUCGAACAACAACAGCAAAAAGUUCAACAAUUACAAGAUGAAAUGAAAAAAUUGAUUAAAAAAUUGGAUCAAUCUGACCAGGAAAUGAAAAAAUGUCUUGAUGAACGUGAUCGUUUGCGAUAUGAAUUGGAUGAAUUAUCGGCUGUUUAUGAAAAGGUAGUUAAAUCACAGCAAGAACAAUCGGCUGCUAUAAUGAUGCAACAAGCAUCACAAACUAAACAACAACAACAAACCGGAACAGGUAUGAUACAACCACCAUCGCAACAACAACAACAACAACAGCAAACAAAUGAAAAAAUGGCCCAACAAGAACAAAUGAUACAGCGUCUACAAGCCGAAGUGAUAAAACUGGAAAAACAAUUGAAACAAUGCGAAAUUGAGAAUAAAGAAUUGAAACAAAAAUUGGAAAAAUCAUUACAAGCAAUACAUAAAUUACAGGAACAAUUACAGGAAUCUAAACAACAGCAGCAACAACAACAACAACAACAACAACAGCAAGAAAAACAAGGUCAAGAAAAACAAGAAAAACAACAACCAGCAUCACCGGCAACGAAUCAACAACAGAAUCAACAACAGCUUGAAGCAAUACAAAAAUUGAAUGAAGAAUUAAAAAAUCAAAUACAACAAUUACAAAAACAACAAGGUGUCAAUGCACAACAGCAACAGCAAAAAUUAACUGAUGAAGUCAAUCGAUUACGUGCCGAAUUAGAACGACAACGUUCAGAGAAUAAAAAAUGGACACAAGAAGCCGAUCAAUUACGUAAACAAUUGGAACGAACACAGAAUGAGAAAAAAGGUUUCGAAGUUGAGCGUGAAAGAUUUCAAAAUCAAUUGGAAAAAUUGGUGAACGAACUUAGUCAACGUGAGAAAGAGAUACAAGUACUGAAACAAGAUGCAAAUCAAAUGAAAUCCAAAUUGCAGCAGCAACAACAACAACAACAACAGAAUAUAACACAAUCGCAAACAGAUUUGGAUGCUGUACAGAAACAAUUAGAUGAACAGCAAAAAAUUCUAGCUGAACGUGAACAAAUAUUGAAAAAACGACAAACUGAUGUGGAUCAAUUAGAAAUACAAUUACAACAGGCAAUCAAGCAAGCACAACAAGGUUCAGGUGCUACGGCUACGGCUACGGCAACAUCGGCUACAGCGGCUGAAAUUGAAGCAAAAACCAAACAAAUUCAGCAACAACAAGCGGAAAUUGAUAAACUGAAAAAACGUUGUACAGAUUUGGAAAAAGAAAAACAAAAAUUGGAACAAGAAUUGAGGAAAAGUCGUGAAGAAGCAAAAAUUAUUCAAACAGAAUUGGAAAGAAUUUUGAAAAUAAUGUCAACAAUGGAAGAGGAAAAAUUUGCUUUAAACAAACAGAUACAGGAUUUACAACAUCAAUUGAAAUUAGCGACAGCAGCAGCAACAACUGCACAGCAACAAGCAUCAUCCGUUGCCGCAUCUUCAUCCAAACAAUCAACACAAGGCCCACCAUCACAUCCUGCUAGUCAGCAACAACAAACACCGCCACCACAACAGCAACAAGCAGCUAAACAACAAGCUAAACCAUCUUCUCAACAACAACAACAGGCACAUCCGCAAUCACAAAGUGUUAAACAAUCUGGUCCACCAGCAUCACAGCAACCAACAAAAAUGCCUGGACAACAACAGCAACAAGGUCCAAGACCUAUGCAACAACAGCAGCAAGGUCCAAGACCUAUGCAACAACAACAACAAGGUCCAAGGCCUAUGCAGCAACAGCAACAAGGUGGAAGUCAAGCACCACCACGUGGACCAGCUCCAAGAUUACCAUCACAACAACAACAACAACAACAGCAACAAGCAAAACCAACCCAGCCAAGUGCGGCACAACAAGCAGCAUCCGGUGCUGCAAGUUUCUUUUCCAAUUUUUUCUAAAUUACCAAAAGACAAAACGAAACAAAAUUAUUAUGGCUGCCAUUCAAAUUGAAAAUUACACUAAAAAACAAACGAAAAAC